AUGGCGGCGCAGGGCAUGUCCAAGGCUGAGUACUUGCGGCGGUACCUGAGCGGGCCGCCCGCCGCCGAGGCCGCCCAGCCCCGCCGCCGGCGCAAGAAGAAGCCGCCGGGUGGUGCCGGGAGGAGCGGGAUGCGGAUUGUGGAUGAUGAUGUCAGCUGGAAUAGCAUUGCUGCUGUGCAGGAGAAGGAAGAGGAGGAGGAUGAAGCAGACAUGCCUGUGGUGGCAGAGUUCAUUGAUGAGCGUCCUGAUGAGGUGAAGCUGAUGGAGGAGUUCCGGACAAACACUAAAUGGAAGCUUCUGGGAGACCAGAAUGAGGACUCCCAGAACUCGGAUGUGUCAGUGCCUGCCAAAGCCACCAUGAGGCGCCAGCGCCAUGACUCUCCAGACAGCUCCCAGCCAGGCAAGCUGUGGCACGAGGCUGACAGAUCCCCUGCCAGGCACCAGCACCACGGCUCCCCGGACCCAUCCCUUCCCAGGCGAGAGGGAAACCACUCUGCCAAUCCCCUCCCUGCCAGGCGCCAGCGCCAUGACUCACCAGAUCUGUCCCCACCACGGAGGAAGCGCCAUGACUCCCCAGACCUGUCACCUCCCAGGAGAGAUGGAAGCCACUCUGCCAACCCCCUGCCUGCCAGACGGCAGCGCCAUGACUCCCCAGACCUGUCCCCCCCCAGACGCCAGCGCCAUGACUCCCCAGACCUGUCCCCCCCCAGACGCCAGCGCCAUGACUCCCCAGACCUCCCCCCCAGACGCCAGCGCCAUGACUCCCCAGACCUGUCCCCCCCCAGACGCCAGCGCCAUGACUCCCCAGACCUGUCCCCCCCCAGGAGAGAUGGAAGCCACUCUGCCAACCCCCUGCCUGCCAGACGCCAGCGCCAUGAUUCCCCAGACCUGUCCCCCCCCAGACGCCAGCACCAUGACUCCCCAGAUGUCUCUCCCACAAGGGUCAGUUCAGCAGUGGGGAAGAAGGGCAGCAGGAGCAGUGAGAAGCCCCAGCCGGGGGGAGGCCAGGGAGGGCAGCCCCAGCUCAGGCAUGGUGCCUCUGCCAAGUCCUCGUCGCAUCGGAAGCGUGAGGCUGCUCCAGACCUGUCCCCUCCCUGGAGGGUGAGGCAUGAUUCUGACUCAGAGCUGUCCCCACCCUGGAGAAAGAGGCUUGGGUCACCCGGGGGGAGAAAGCAGAGCAGGACAAAAGGUGCUUCUCCAGCCACCAAGAAGCUGAGGCAUGACUCUGAAUCUCCACCACUACAGAGGGGUGCAGCCCAGGGGCUCAGCUCCCCCAAACGUGGUGCACUCAGGAGGAGUCCCAGCAGGUCUCCAGACUCUGAUUUAUCCCCUCCACGGCGGACCCUGCCUGCUGGGAAGGAGCAGCACAGGUCCAGGAGUCCCCAUGAGCCUUCUCCUCAUCAGCACCAUGACCCCAAGGGAUCUCCCAGGAAGGUCCAGGCUGGCCUGGUGUCAGCUGAUGUGCUGCGGAGGGAGCAGCAGGAGCUCCGGAGGCAGGAGAGGAGUAACAAACACCUGGAAGAGGAAUCCAGGCAUUCCCAGACUGUUUUCCGGGACAAGUCCGGGCGCAGGAGGGACCUGGCGCAGGAGCAGCUGGAGCAGAGGCAGAAGGCAGCGGUGGAGGCAGAGCGGGAUGCACUCUAUGCCAAGUGGGGCAAAGGGCUGGCCCAGGACAGGCAGCAGCAGCAGAACGUGGAAGAUGCUAUCAAAGAGAUGCAGAAGCCCUUGGCCAGGUACAUCGAUGACCAGGACCUGGACCAGAUGCUGCGGGAGCAAGAGAGGGAAGGAGACCCCAUGGCUGACUUCAUCAAAAAGAGGAAGGCCAAGGAGAACAAGGAGAAGAAAGAAAAGCCAAGGUACAAGGGACCAGCACCACCACUCAACAGGUUCAACAUCUGGCCUGGGCACCGCUGGGAUGGUGUGGACAGGUCCAACGGGUUCGAGCAGCAGCGCUUCGCCAGGAUGGCCAACAGGAAGGCGGUGCAGGAGCUGGCCUACAAGUGGAGUGUGGAGGACAUGUAGGGGAGGAACCAUGGGCUGCUGCUGGGGCAGUUCCCCUCCUGCCAGGAAGGGGGAUGACUCUGCCUGGACCAAGCUCUACCCUUGGUGCUCAGCAUCCGUGUGGACCACCUCCUGCGAGGCAAAGCUGAAUGGAGAGCAAACAAAGAGGAGGCAGAGAGGACAAGAGCUGCAGCAGUGCUGCCUGGAGCACUGCAGGGGCUGUGUGGUGUGGGGUGACCUCUCCUCUCUGGUGUUCCCCUCUGAGGGGCUGCAGAUGCCUUUUUGGUCACUUUCCUUGUGUUCUAACAAACUGUAGGAGCUCUUUCCUAAAUUGUUUGAUGCCAAACGCUUUGUCCUCUGAGGGUACUUCUCAAGCCUUCAGGUGUCCUACAUCUCAGGUUUGUUUUUUUUCUCAUGGUGAAAGUGCUGAACUCCUGGUUCCUGGAGAAGUGAACCCCAUUCAGCCUGGUCCAGAGCUUCAGUUGUGCUUGAGCUGUUCCAGAGAUCAGCUGUACCCCAAAACUGUGAUGUUUGUGUGGUGGUUUUGGUGCUCCUCAGUUCAUGCUGUCACCAAGAGGCUGUGGAGUCAGUAAAGCUCAGCUGCUCCAGCCCUGUCAGAGCAGGAGGCUGCUCACUCUGUAGCAGCCUGCUCUGCAAUGCCGCAUUUGACAGGAAAGCCUUCGGGGGCCGUUUCUUGUGUAAAUAAACAUCUGGAGGAGCUUUAGGUUGCUUCCCUUGGCUGUUAGGAGCUGAUGGCUUUGGGCAUCCUGGCACUGCUGCCUGGGCCUUGCCUCAGUGCCAGCUGUAGCCCCUGGCUGCCCAGCAGAUUUGUUGGACUCGGCUGAGGCCCAGGUGAGGGAGCAGAGCAGUGGUGGAAACAAAUCCAGCUGUUGUCAAAUCCAGCUGUGCUGCAUCCCAGGGAGCAGGGGUAAAAGGCAGGCAGACGUUUCCAUGGCGAUACCUUGUCCUGAGCAGGGGUCAGAGUGGCCUCUUUGGGGCCCUGUUGGGUGAGGAGUAUAAGGACAGAGGCUGCUCUGGAGUGGGAGAAGCUGGGGGCUUCCUGCCCUGGGUUGUGUUCCUCCUGUUCCUUAUCUGGCAGUGCUGAGACUGUUUGUACUCCUGUCAAUAACA